ACUUGUGACAUGAAUUUAUUUUUAAAAUACUCAGUUGUCGCUAUUUUAAGCAGCCAUGUACUUGCGUUUAAAUACAAUUUGACUAAAGUGACGUCGUUUCCUAUUAAAUAUCCUGGAUUUACGUCAUUGUACGAAAUUUUUGACAAUACUGGGGACUCCUCCAAAUAUGACUUGCUUAUAUCAACAUUUGAUCCAGUGCCGUUCAGCACAGACACUGUACAGAUAGUUCCGGACGUAGGGAAACACUUAUUAUCGAACAGCAGUAAUAUAAUUCCAAAAAUAGUCACAACAAAAGUAACAUGGCCAAACGAGAUUUCAGGAGUUCCAAGAUCCGUUUUCAACAAAACAAUGGUUGCAAUUCCCGAUGGAUUUCUCGUUCCAUUUAAAACAGAUGGUUCCAUUAGCCUGGUCGAUAUUGAUGGGAAAGGACCUUACAAACUAACAGACGACCAAACAGGAAAAUGGUUUUAUCACAGAGUAGUGUGGAAAGAUAUGGACUUAGAUGGAGACUUAGAUAUACUUACUUGUAGAGCCAGGGAACCUGUUAUAGGAAUAGGGAAAGAUUCUGAAAUGCUAUGGUUAGAAAAUCCUGGGAAUUACUAUACACCCUGGCGACCAACUGUUAUCGCACAUGGUCCAGACAUCUUUGUCAUCGAUGCAGUUUUUAAUACGACAGAUGGUCCACGAGACUGUUUGAUAGCUGCACAGUUUUUCACAUCUAGUUUGACGAUUUAUUGGGUUGAUAAUAAGAUAGCAAACUGGACCGACGUAUCAAAGAUUAAAUCCAGAGUAAUAGAUAAUAGCAUUGGUAAUGUGUUUGAUGUGACUGUGGCUGAUCUGAACAAUGAUGGUAAACCAGACUUACUUGUGACUAAUAAUGGUGAAUCUGGGUCCCUCUACGCUUAUGAAGUACCUUCAGACUUUAGAUCUGGAGACUUCAAGAGACACUCAUUAGCGGCAGGAUUUAAACCAGGAAAAUCUGGAACAGGGAAAGGAGCACCAGGAGCAGCAAUGCCGGUGUAUCCAAAUACCAAAGUUAACGCAUCGAAGCCCUCAAUUUUACUAUCCGGAGAUGAUGAUGGCAAAGCGUAUUACUUAGAACCAUUAAGUAACGAACCUUCUGAUUGGACAUACAGUAUGAUGAUGUUUUUAGAUGCCGGCGAUGGAACUGUCGGUGAACUAUCAUUUGCUGAUGUAGAUGGAGACUCUUUUGUUGAAGUGUUUGCUCCAUCUUACAGCACCAAUGAACUAUAUGUCUAUCGGUUUACAUAAACAUUAAAGAUAGAACGCACGUAAAUUACUUAAUUGUCACUUAAAAUUGAGCAUUGUU